AAAAUUACAAUCGUGUAGAUACCUUCCCUCCAGAUGUGCGAAGACACCUGCUCCAUUUCAAUAAUGCGCCUCACGAGUUAUACGACCACAACCAUCAGUUCCAUCCGUCGCAACGCAUCUAUCGCUUCUGUAUACGUCUAGGUAUUCGAUAGAAUCAUCCAAGCCUGCUCACCAGCGGU